GAUGGCCGUGGAGCAGUUGAUAGUGUUGUUGCUGCUUCUGGUGUUGGUCUUGGGGAAGGCUGAACCGGAGAAAGAAAAUGAUACUCUGUACUCGGAGGAAGAUCCUACGAAUGAGAUGGGGCCCAGCGAGCCACCCGAGGUUUGGAGGGAAGAGAGAGCCGGACACAGAAUGGGCUCUUUGUCAGUUUGCCCCUGUGACCUGCACCCAGGCUACUGUGACCUCAACUGCUGCUGUGAUUCAAGAUGCGGCUCAGAAUGCAGCAUGGAGGGCUCUAUGUGCCCCUUCUCCUUCUGUCUUCCAGGCAGCACUAGGGCUGUGAGUCGGGUGUGUUUAGAGAAAUCUCUCCUUUUCCGAAAUAACACCCCUUACUUCACUGAAGUAGUUCCUGAUUCUAGUGGAUGUACAUUGCUAUUCUGUGUGCAGCUAAAUAACUCAAAACUGAACUAUUUCCAAAAGCCACAGGUGAUUACAAAAGAAAACUUACCACUACUAUCAGCACAAUAUGGAAGGCCAUCAUUCAUUUUGCCAGAACAAACUGAGCCAUCUUCAUCUUCCUUUUAUCGGGUAGGGGAUCCAAUCCAGAUUUACUUUGCUGCUUCAUCUGUAUUGAGUGUACUGAAACAGCCAGCAAGCAUGUUUGCCAGCAGACUUUGCAGUGAUGAAAAUCCUGCCGGUUUUCUGGAGAGCAAAAGCACAAGUUGCAUUCGCAUCUUUACUAACCUGACAAGCAAGUGUACCACUGACCCUGCACUGGAUGCAGCUUCAUACUACCGUGACUUCAGCGUGCUGAAGGUCCCAGUCAACUUAACUGUUUUCCAGCCCUUACAGGUCAAGAUAAUUCCUGUCACAGUGCCUGCGUCUCCCAUACUGAAUGGCAGUACGUGCUACAAUGUUGUUUCUGAGGUGCUCUAUGAAGUGGAAUUCAAUGGGAUCCAUGGAAUUCAGAAUAUUUCUGUCCAGUUUAAAGUGGACAACAUAUAUGGAAACCCAAAGUCCAUACUACAACAGCGUUUUUCUCUGAGCUUUUGGAAUAAAAACCAUUCUUUCACCAAAUGGAGAAGUGGGAAUCCUGGAUAUAUAAGUGGAGUACCGCUAGUAGCUUUAUGCAAUGGCACUCAGCAAUACGUAACCAUUUUGCAGACUCAAGAUAAUGGACAAUGCUCAGAGAAGAGAUACAGGAUACUGUUUAGAGAGAACAUGAGGACAGCCUGCCAGUUCAAUGCAUCCGUUAAGCUGGAGGAAGCAAACUGUAGCCACUUGCAGGAGAGUGUGUAUCGAGCCUUCCAAGGGCCACAUAACCCAGGGAGGUUGGCCAUAACUGGCAAUGCUGAUGCAAGCCAGCCAGGAGAAUGGAACAGCAUCUUCACCCAAAGAUGCACCAUGCAGGAUGGGCGUUGUAUGAUUCCUAUUUCCUUGGAGAUCCAAGUGAUAUGGGCCCAAGUGGGCCUCCUGUCUAACCCGCAAGCUCAGAUUCUGGGAGCCCGGUAUCUUUAUAUCUGUAAGCCUCUGAAGUCCCUAGGCACGUAUAUGAACAUGUUGCCACUGACGACUACAGUUGCCUUCACCGAUGUCACCAAGUGGCCAGAGCCACCACGUAGCCAGCCCAGAGCCUACUGGAAACUUCCAUUUGAUUUUUUCUUCCCUUUCAAAAUGGCACUGAGUGGUGUGGGGAGCAGUUCAGGAAGCCAAGCUGGCACCCUGCUGGUGACCUUAACAUUGUGUGGAGUGCUUGUCUCGUGA